AUGAAAAUCUUUAUUAAAUUAAAUAAAAGGGGGGGGGGUCACAGCCGGGUGCGGUCUUCAUUUUUUUUUUCCCUAAUAAAAAUUACUAUGACUGCCGUACCGAAAAGUUCGACACCCAGCUGUGACCCCCCCCCCAAAUAAAAUGAGGAUGAAAAUUAAUAUGAAAAUAUUUGUAAGUAUAGAAAAGAUUUAUCUUGGAAUAUACAAUUCGAUUAAUAUAGGGAUUAUAUUAACAAAUUUCCAAGUUAAAUUAAAAAGUUGAGUCAUGUGGCAAAAACCAGAUGCAUAAAUCAAUAUGAAGGAAUAAAGAAAGUACCAGUGAUUGAAGUUGUAUCAAACUUUCUUUACGAAUAAAAUGGAAUUAAUCAUUAAGAAAAUUAAUAAAUUUUUAACUUUAUUUCUAAAAGUAAACAUAAUUUGUAUAAGAAUAUCUUAUCAGCUUUUAAGAAACAUAUUAUCGAGUGCAAAGAUACUUUCUUGAUGAGUGUAUAUGAAAAUUUGAGUGAAAAUAAGUGGACUUUUGAGCGCAUUUAGCAAAGAGUUUCUACAAAUUUGGCAAGAUGUGGUAGAUACAACCUCAAGAUUAAAAACCUGAGUAAAAACAGAAAUCUGCAAAAAAUAUUCAAUCACUUUUUGAAGAAUUCUGAAAAGCUAUGGCUUUAAGACUCUAAAAUUAAAAACAAAAACUAAUACAUAGAACAAAUCAAUUUGAUGAUUUUAGCAUAAGAAAAGCAAAUCCUUCAAAAUUUUACAUAGUGCUACAAAAAAUAUAGGAAAAAUAGCAUGUAAUAAUGA